AGUACAACAGCGAUCUUCUUUUAGUAUUCCUGCCACGAAACACGCAAGCGUGGCUAUCAAAAAAACAAAAGAAAAAAUGUCGAGCCCCGCUGCUGCCGCUACGAAGGAAGACCGCCAUGCCGCCUCUCACGAUGUCGCCCCCACCACGCCACACGCAGCGCCGCCUUCCAAGAAGGUAAAGCCGCCCCGCAAGAAGCCUGCCAAGUCCGCUGGAGUGGAAGCGAAAGCGGCGUCUGCCACCGAUGCUGAGAGCGCCACGCAACAGCAGCAGCAGAAGCAACGGGACAAGGAGUUCGUGUCGCACAAGUCGCACAUCCUGGCCAACCUGCAGAGCAACGCCUGCGACCUCAGCCCCAAAGGCAGCGUCGACGCCAAGUGUCUCCCCGUGAUGGGUCUUCUGAACACGCAGCCGGACUACAUCACCACAAGCAGCUGCAGCGGCCGAAUUGCUCUUUUUCACAGCAUUGGUCCGCAUGACGGGUCGGCGGAGAUCCGUGAAGGGAAGGAUGACGGGGACGUCGACCCAUCGCCGACGCCGACGUCGCGCAUGAAGCGUGGGGAGGGGGCAGCGCUGGGUUGGGUCUUCGUGAAGCACGGCAUGCUGCGUCCAGAAGAGAUGGUUCGCGUUGUUCAUUUUCUGUGUGGAAAGCCAGAGACUCCGGAAGAGGCGGCGCUUGACGCAGCCGAAGUUGAUGUCCACACGGCACACAUGACGGCAAUCAUCGAUCGCGAAGGGCAAUCCACCGUCGCCGCAGCAACAGCCGGGAUGUUUGACGGAGAGGUCGAAGGUGUUCUCGUGGAGGCACCGGCGGAGAGCCCCCUGCCGCCCCCCUCUCGCGGCACCGUUUCGCUGAAGAUGGAGCCUUUCGUCAUGCACGUGGAGUGUCGCACGAUGGAGGCGGCGAAGGCGCUCCUCUCCGCCGCCGUGAGCGACAGCGGCUACCGCAACAGCGGUGUGAUCCCGCCGGGUAGAAAAAUUAUGUGUGGCAUUCGCAGCACCGUCGGCCUCGGCCUCGACGUGCCGGUGGUGGUCCGUGGCGUGAACUACGUGGCGCAGCAGCGUGCCUACAUCUGGGCGUUGCUGAGGCUGGCGAAUGAGAAGAUGGAGGCGAACGAGAAGAAGAUUAAGCUGCUGGAGAAGAGCGUGGCCGUGCGGGUUGGAAGUCGGAAGUGA